GUUGUUUUUAAACGGGCUCGUCGGGAGGAGGCGGAGGAGUCGGACCGGUCCGGCAGGUUUCCAGCGGGGCACAGCGGCGCAGGCAGCGGGGGCAGGAGGGCGGGGAGCCGCAGGAGGAUCGUCUGAAAGCAGGAAGGAGAAGACAACAUGGUGCGGUGACCCAGCUCCCGGACACCGACUGACAACGAGGAUUCUUCCGAUUACUCGAUAAAAACCGAGCAGCACAUCAGAAAUACCUGAGGUGCAAAGAUGAGUCGGCGGCGUGUGGACUCCCAGGGGUCCCUGGCGCCUGACGAUGAGGUCAUGCCGUACAGUGACGAUGAGACGGACGAUGAAUUGGAAGUGAGCUCUGAAGAAGAAGAACCCGAAGCAGAGGCACCAGGAGUCCCACAACCUCCGGUAGAAGCCAAACCCAGUGAGAUCGGCUGGAAGGUGAAAGCCAACGACCGACCUUACCACCACCUGCCGGAGUUCCAGAAGAAAGUCUUCCUGUGCAUCAAGAAAAGCAGAUACUCUGGAAACGACAUCAAGACGUACAAGUACAACGUCUUCACCUUCCUGCCGCUGAACCUGUACGAGCAGUUCAAGCGAGUGGCCAACCUCUACUUCCUGGCUCUGCUCAUCUUGCAGAUUAUUCCAGACAUUACCACUUUGCCCUGGUACACAACCCUGAUUCCUCUGGUGGUGGUGCUGGGGAUUACUGCCAUUAAAGACCUGGUAGACGAUCUGGCGCGACACAGGAUGGACAAGGAGAUCAACAACAGGAAGAGCGAGGUCCUGCUGGACGGCAGGUUUGAGGAGUCAAAGUGGAGGAACAUUGAAGUCGGAGAUGUGGUUCGUCUGAAGAAAAACGACUUCAUUCCGGCCGACAUCCUGCUGUUAUCCAGCUCCAACCCCAACAGCUUGUGUUACGUGGAAACAGCCGAGCUCGACGGAGAAACGAACCUGAAGUUUAAGAUGGGUCCCAAAGUGACUGACGAGAGGAUGCAGGAGGAACAACAGCUCGCUGGGUUCAACGCUCUGAUCGAGUGCGAGGAGCCGAACAACCGUCUGGACAAGUUCAUUGGGACGAUGACGUGGGACGGCGAGCGUUACCCGCUGGACCUGGACAACAUGCUGCUCCGCGGCUGCAAGCUCCGGAACACGGAGGUGUGCCACGGCCUGGUCAUCUUCGCAGGUGCCGACACUAAGAUCAUGAGGAACGGGGGGAAGACGAGGUUCAAGAGAACGAAAAUCGACGAGCUGAUGAACUACAUGGUUUAUACAAUCUUCGCGGUGCUGCUCCUCAUGGCGGCGGGUCUCGCCAUCGGUCACAGCUUUUGGUACGAGGAGAUCGGCCAGGAGGCGUGGUAUCUGUUCGACGGCAAAGACCAGAGCGCCUCCCACAGAGGCUUCCUCAGCUUCUGGGGUUACAUCAUCGUCCUCAACACCAUGGUGCCCAUUUCUCUCUACGUCAGUGUGGAGGUGAUCCGUCUGGGUCAGAGUAAAUUCAUCAACUGGGACCUGCAGAUGUAUUACUCAGAGAAGGACACUCCAGCGAAGGCUCGAACCACCACCCUGAACGAGCAGCUCGGGCAGAUCGAGUACAUCUUCUCCGACAAGACGGGAACUCUGACACAGAACAUCAUGCAGUUCAAGAAGUGCACCAUCGCUGGACGCAGCUACGGGACUCCGACCACAGCCGAGGGGGUGACGCUGGACCGAGGACGGCCGGUCGACUGGAGCUGGAACCUUCACGCUGACAAGAAGUUCGAGUUCAUGGAUCAUUCGCUCGUCGCUGUCGUCCGAUCCGGGAAAGACAAAGACGCGUCGGAGUUCUUCAAGCUGCUGUCGCUCUGCCACACCGUCAUGGUGGAGCACAAAGACGGUGAACUGGUGUACCAGGCUGCGUCUCCUGAUGAGGGCGCUCUUGUGACAGCCGCCAGGAACUUUGGCUACGUGUUCCUGUCCCGAACCCAGGACACCAUCACCAUCAAGGAGAUGGACCAGGAGACGACGUACGAAAUGCUGGCGCUGCUCGACUUCAACUCGGACCGCAAGCGCAUGUCCAUCAUCUUGAAGUUUCCCGAUGGACGUAUUCGUCUCUACUGCAAAGGAGCAGACACGGUGAUUUAUGAGCGACUCUCCCCCAACACCAGACACAAGGAGAGCAGCCAGACUGCUCUGGAUAUCUUUGCCAACGAGACCUUGCGGACGCUGUGCUUGUGUUACAAAGACAUCAGCGCGUCAGAGUAUCAAGCCUGGUCCAGGAAACACAAAGAAGCCCAGGUGUCCAUGAGCGACCGAGACGCCGCCCUCGACCACGUGUACGAGGAAAUCGAGAGCAACCUCAUGCUGAUUGGGGCGACGGCCAUCGAGGACAAGCUGCAGGACGGAGUUCCUGAGACCAUCGCCAUACUGGCCAAGGCCGACAUCAAGAUCUGGGUCCUGACCGGAGAUAAGAAAGAAACUGCAGAAAACAUCGGAUAUGCUUGUUCACUGUUGACAGACAACAUGGAGAUCCACUACGGAGAAGACGUCAAUGAGAAGCUGACGAUUCGUCAGGCCAACAGGAGAAACCAGCCCUCAACUCACCGGCUCAACAAAAAGAAAACUCCAGAGCCGUUCUUCACCGAGCCGGGGAAGAACGCUCUCAUCAUCACCGGAGGAUGGCUGAACGAGAUUCUGUACGAAAAGAAGAAGAAACGCCGUCGUCUGCAUCUCCGUCGUCUCGGGAAGCGGGCGGCUCCCAACAACCCUCAGGACGGACAGCCCAACAACGACCGGGAGAAAGAGAUGAGACAGAUGGACUUUGUGGACAUGGCCUGUGAGUGCGAAGCCGUCAUCUGCUGUCGCGUGACGCCGAAGCAGAAAGCCAACGUGGUGAGUUUGGUGAAGAAGUACAAGAACGCCGUGACGCUGUCGAUCGGAGACGGAGCCAACGACGUCAACAUGAUCAAGACUGCAGACAUCGGCGUCGGGAUCAGCGGCCAGGAGGGGAUGCAGGCCGUCAUGUCCAGCGACUACGCGUUCGCUCAGUUCCGUUACCUGGAGCGCCUCCUGCUGGUGCACGGGCGCUGGUCCUACAUCCGAAUGUGCAAGUUCCUGCGUUUCUUCUUCUUCAAGAACUUCGCCUUCACUCUGGUUCACUUCUGGUACUCGUUCUUCAGCGGAUACUCGGCUCAGGUCGCCUACGAAGACUGGUUCAUCACCCUCUACAACCUGUGUUACAGCAGUUUACCUGUUCUACUCGUCGGACUCCUCGACCAGGACGUUAAUGACAAACUCAGCCUGAAGUUCCCGAAGCUCUACCUUCCCGGCCAGGUGGGGUCGAUGUUCAACUACAAGAACUUCUUCAUCAGCUUGUUCCACGGCAUCUUCGUCUCGCUCAUCAUCUUCUUCAUCCCGUACGGGGCCUUCCUGCAGACCAUGGGGCAGGACGGGAAGCCCUCUGACUACCAGUCCUUCGCCGUCGUCACCGCCUCGUCACUGAUUUUCACCGUCAACCUGCAGAUCUCUCUGGAUACCUCGUACUGGACCUUCGUCAACUGUUUCGCCGUUUUGGGCAGCAUCGCCAUUUACUUCGGCAUCUUGUUCGACAUCCACAGUGCAGGGAUCCACGUCAUCUUCCCCGCGAUCUUCACCUUCACCGGUGUGGCAUCAAAUGCCCUGCGUCAGCCUUACCUGUGGUUGACCAUCAUCCUGACUGUGGGCGUCAGUCUGCUGCCCGUCAUCUGCAUCCAGUUCCUCCAUAAAACCAUCUGGCCGUCUGUUGGAGACAAGGUCCACAGAAACAGGAAGCGGUACGAGAUGGAGAUGUUGCAGGAUGAGAAGAAAAAGCCGCUGCCGGCGUUCCAGCGUGGCCAGCGUUCCCGUCGCUCCGCCUACGCCUUCUCUCACUCCCGGGGCUACGCCGACCUCAUCUCGUCGGGGCGAAGCAUUCGGCGGCGAGCACCAGCCCGGGGCGGACCCCAGGACAGUAUCAGGGAGUUUCCACAAAGAGAGGCUGAAAACAUCUGAGGAGCGGGAGAGGCGGAGCAAAGGGUCGGAGGAGGGUUGUAAAUAUUUGGGAUUUUCAUUUUUAUCUGUGGAGUCGCAGCUGAAUCGGUCGACGACGGGACGUCUGCACAGAAACAACAGCCUGGACCCAGUCUCGUCUUUAAUUCUUCCCUCGGGGAAACUCCAGCACUUUACGAGGGGAUGAAACAAACGUUGCCGCCUCCUAAAGUCGCUCAACUUUUAGAAACGAAACCGGGAGCUUCUGUACCACCGACCGGAUUUGCAGAAAGUCCAAUGAAGCGAGUGACCUCGACUCCGGUUCCUCGUCUUUGCACAGAAGCUCACAGAGAAGAAAACGCUCAGCGAAGAGACGCCCGCCGUUCCUGGGGUCAAAGUCGUGCAGUUCACUGUGACUGACAAUGUUAUUACUCAGGAUUUUUAAUAAUCAAAGCCUUGUUUUUAGUCCUUUUUUUUUUUUUGCCGCAUGUGGAGACGCUGUGAUACUUUUAAUCGUUCAGUUCUUGCCCUGAUGUCUGCACAGCACUUGAUAUGAUGGUGUUUUAUUAAAGUUACCAAAAGAUUCCAGUUAAUUUGUCCGUUAGUCACAUGAAAUCUGAAGCUCAACAUGUCAAAGGAUCCUCUUUUUAAUGUUUUAUUAUGAAUCAUGGUGGGACCUGACUAUACCGGAUGUUAUAAAGUGUCUUUAAUUUAAAAAUAAAUUGUGAAUAGUGCUGUUUUCUCCUCUGCUGUGUAGAAGUGGCCUUACAGGCGUCGACUUCGGCCUCGUUAAACGUUCCUCUGUCAAAGCUGCAUCUUCAUGUUUCUGUUCUUCUCCUAACGUGCUGUAAACAAACACUAGCACUCGAUUGUCACCCCCCACACACACACACACCAGUGUCUAAACUUAAGUGCUUCUUACUUCUAAAGGGGAAAGUUGGUUUAUCCUUUUUUAUAAACAUUUGUUCUUUCUUUUCUCUCCUCAGAAUUAAACCACACGUUCAGUAGGUCGUUAAAAAUUGGGAUUACUUUGUGUGUGUUUGUGUCAUUGGUUGUUUACACUGUACCCAAGAAGACAUUUGUCAUGUGUGUGUUUGUUUGUUUGUGUUUUCUUCUUCUCUGCUGAACAGUGCGAAGCCAAACCUGACACAGCUCUGACUGUCACUGUGUUUUCUCCGCUCACGCUCGUGCUACUGUUUUUAUUCCUGAAUGAAUGGAGUCUGUGACGCUGUCCAUGGAACCAGCAGCAGCUCGGCCUCUGAUGGGAUUUUAUCGUGUGGUUAAUAAAAAGCCAACGGCACAUUUAGCAAGUU